AUGGCCCCCAGUUGGGGUUUCGUUUUAUGGGUAAAGUGGCGGUGGAAAUCGAAAAUCGCAUUGUUUGCUUCCCCGUCCCAUCCGAACGGAACGCAUCAUUUGCAGAAGAACCGACCCAUCGACAACAUAGAUCGUGACAGAUUCCCGGAAUCAACGGGACCAGCUCUAAUUUCCUACCCUGCGCCGGAUUCUCUGACCCGCCCGCGCGGAUGCCAGGCCCUCCUUCCGGGACCCGCUGUGGUUUGUUUUGAAAUCCGGCAAAAGUUCGGAGGGGGUGAAGAUAAGACGCAAACGGUAGUCGGGGCUUUCGGGGAAGCGGUACCUUUGCGUAGGGAUUCGGGGUCCAUUGGUUCCACCGGGGAAGGGGUUCCGGGUUCCACUGCUGUGGGUAACCGAUCGGAUCUGCCAAUGGGUACUUUGGGCGGUUUCGGGGAAUUUUAUCCUUGGUUGAGGGAAUUAGGGGAGAAGAUUAACAGCAAGGAUGAGGGAAUUCUGCAUGACGCAAUACAGUCAACAGUCUUUUUUCUUCUUCUCUCCAUUCUCAACGGUGAGAUCACAUGUGACAGAAAACAUGCGGUGUGGCGGUGA